AUGAUGUGUCUGUGGUUCACUGUGGCAGCUCUGACAGUGAUACUGAUGGUGCUGAGCACUUCCCUCACUUGGCCCGCCCAGGUGAUCAGAUCUUUCCUGUCCCCACAGCACUUUUCGUGCAACAGUUUAAGGGGCGAGUGUCGUUUCUCUAAUGAGACAGAGAGGGUGCGGCUAGUGGUCAGACACAUCUAUAACCGGGAGGAGUACGCGCGCUUCGACAGCGACGUGGAUGAGUACAGGGCGGUGAGCGAGCUGGGCCGGCCGGACGCCAAGUACUGGAACAGCCAGAAGGACAUCCUGGAGGAGACACGGGCCGAGGUGGACACGGUGUGCAGACACAACUACGGGGUUGGUGAGAGCUUCACGGUGCAGCGGCGAGUGGCGCCUACAGUGACUGUGUAUCCUGCAAAGACACAGCCCCUGCAGCACCACAACCUCCUGGUCUGCUCUGUGAAUGGUUUCUAUCCAGGCCACAUUGAAGUCAGGUGGUUCCGGAACGGCCAGGAAGAGGAGGCUGGGGUGGUGUCCACAGGCCUGAUCCCUAAUGGGGACUGGACCUUCCAGACCAUGGUGAUGCUUGAAACAGUCCCUCAGAGUGGAGAGGUCUACACCUGCCAUGUGGAGCACCCCAGCCGGACGAGCCCUCUCACAGCGGAAUGGAGGGCACAGUCUGAAUUUGCUCAGAGCAAGAUGAUGAGUGGAAUCGGGGCCUUUGUUCUGGGUCUGCUCUUCCUUGGGGUGGGGCUGUUCAUCUACUUCAGGAAUCAGAAAGGACACUCCGGACUUCAGCCAACAAGUAAUGCCCUUUAAUCCUCUUUUAGAGAUAGAUUUGGUCUCCUAGAACUGGUUGUAGAGAUGACAAGACAGGAGACAGACAUAACGG